GCAUUCCCAAACAACUCGACUCUUGGAGGGCCGCUCACAGAGCACUGGUCGAUCCGUGUCACGAACGGGGUUGUCACCCUCUUUGACGCUGUGUUCCAACAGACUCUGACACGGUCCAGCACAGAGCAUGCCUCUCGAGAUUACAAUUCGACUCGCCAACACGGCAAGCAGAUUUCAAAUUUGAGCUCUUUCCUCUUCACUCGCCGUUACUAG